AUGGCUGCAGUAGCACCUACUCAGAGUUUAACCCCAAACGCGCUGGGCAACCCCAAAUCGGCCGCGGUCGUCGCUGAGGCCCGUCGAGCGAAGGCCGCCCGAAGAGCCAAGGCCGAGGCUCUCAAGAAGCAGGCCGAAGCCGCCGCCGCCGAGAAAGAGACGGCCGCGGCCCAGCAAUCAACACGGCGAACCGCCAACGACUCCAGUAAACCCAGCAGGGCCGAGAUCAUCGCGAAGCUUCAACAGAAGAAGCUUCAGGCCCAGGCCCUGGCCUUAGCUCAGGCUCAGGCUCAACUUCAAGCUCAAAUGGCCGGCGCUGCACCGGCCGAGGCCGCCAAGCCUCGCGUCUCGAGGUCAGCGGCCAAGGAGCAGGCGAAGCCUUCGGCCAGGGAGGCAACCAAGCCAGUUGCGAGCGAGGUAUCCAAGCCGGUCUCCAAGGCGCACACAUCAUCUCACUCGCAAUCACACUCCCACCGCCACAAGACUUCAUCCACCGCCAUGAAGGACCACCACUCCUCACACCGAUCAUCCAGGCCAUCAACAAAGAAGACCAUCCACAACAACACCCCGACCACCGGCGCCGACAUCGUCGCGCGCAUCCAAGCCAGGAAGGCGGCCGCGGCCAACCCGCAGCCCACCAAGCCCUCCGUCAACCCAUCACGCGCAUCUGCGCCCGUCAAGACGCCAGCCUCCCAGCACCUCCCCAAGAAAACCCCAGCCCCGGCCUCUGCCCCGGCGCCCGCCAAGAAGGCCCCCGCGCCAGCGGGCAUCCCGGCCCCGCGACCCCUCCGCGACUUCCACGCCCCGGUCGCGCCCGCCCAGGCGCCCAAGCAGAAGACGUACCACCCCAACGCGCUCGUGCCGACCGACGAGCUCGAGGCGCAGCGCAAGCAGACCGACACGCCCAAGAAGAAGACGUACCACCCCAACGCACUGGUCCCAACGCAGGAGAUCGAGGCCCGGAAGCGCGGGCUGGUCGACGGCGUCGGCAACACCGUCGGCGGCGUGGCCAACACCGCGGGCGGACUCGUGGACGGCGUCGGCAAGACUGCCGGAGGUGUCCUCGGCGGCGCGGGCAAGACCGUUGGCGGAGUCGGACAGACUGCCGGCGGCGUUGUCGACGGUGCCGGCAAGACCGUGGGCGGUGUCGUUGACGGAGCCGGCCGGACUGUUGGCGGGCUUGCCGACGGCGUUGGCAAGACCGUUGGCGUCGACGGUCUCGGAAAGACCAUUGGAGGGGCCACGAACGGCGUCUCGAACACCCUCGGCGCCGCGACUGGCGGUCUCGGCAAGACGUUGGGAGACACCACCGGCGCGCUUGGAAGGGGCGAUGUCAUGGGUACCGUCGGCGGUGCCACCAAGGGCGUUGGCGACACUGUUGGCGGUGUCGGCAAGGGAUUGGGUGACACUGUCGGGGGUACUGUUGGAGGCCUUGGUGACACCGUUGGCGGACCCUUGGGUGGCGUCGUUGGUGGUGUUGGCAAGGGUGCUGGCGAUGCUGUUACCGGCAUCACUGGAGGUUUGGGCAAGGGCGUUGGCAAGGUCGGCCAGGGCGACUUGCUCGGCGGUGUUGGUGACGUCGUUGGCGGAGUUGGUGAUGGUGUUGGCGGUCUAUUGGGCGGCGUUCUCGGUGGCUUGGGAGGCGAGCAAAACUCCAAGCAGGGCGGUGGUGGAGGUGGACUCCUCGGAGGCGGCAACGGCGGUCUCCUCGGUGGAGUCCUUGGUGGAGGAGAAGACAACCCGGGACUUCUCGGAGGAAUUCUCGGCGGAGGCAAGGAUAACCCAGGACUGCUCGGCGGACUGCUGGGCGGAGGCCAAGGAGGCGGCGGCCUUCUUGGAGGUGGCGGCGGUGGUAAGAAGGGCGGUGGCGGACUGCUUGGACUGUAA